AUGCCAAGCGCAACCCCGCAACCCCAGCUCAAAAAGAAGGCGAGCUUCAGGGACCGCCUGAAAGCCUGGCAGAAACCCCCCCAGCCGCUGGAAAUCGUCACCGAGGAGUCGAAACCGCGGUUCGUCUACGAGCCCACACAUGCCGCCGCCGACUUUUCGCGGUUGGCGGUAUCGCCACUGAGCCCAGUAAAGCCGCGGCUUUCACCGGCCACGACGCAUACACCGCCUGAGAGGGACACACCGACCUCCCCUCGCAGCGGGCAACCACGGCCGAGGGAUAAGGGGGAGCCCCGAGAUCACGAAUCGACAAGGCGACACUCUAGACCCAGCGUGAAUCGUCACUCCUACACGCUGGUGGAGGACCCUUUUCAAGCAUCCAACGCCGCCGCCCACGUCCCGGUCAACCCUCAGCCGGUGGAGUGGAGUCCAGGAGCAGCGGCAGCUAGCGCGAAGGGAGGGCCGCCGCCGACGCAAUCAUCGCCUCAGCCCCUUUCUGAUUUCGAGCUUUUCCUCGCCCGCGCGGAAGCUGAAGACCGCGAACGGCGCGACCGAGUUUUGCGCAGCAUCUCGCAGCGGUCUGCGGCAUACACGGCGAGCCGCAUCAGACCGGAUCCGCACCGCCAGUUUGCGGCAGCGGGGUCGUCGGCAGCCGAGAGGACAGUUAGGAGGCCAGCCGAGAAGGACGAGAGCUUGGCUCAACGCAACACCAAGACCCGCCAUGUCCAUGCCCCUAGCGGCAAGACGGAAGCCGAACAACAGCAGCCGCGAAAGUUGGAACAGCGACAGGAAAGGGACCACCGAGGCCACGCGCGUCAGUCGAGCUGGGCGGCAAGUUACACGGCCGACGGUAGCGCGCGGGAAAAGGGACCGGCUGCCCUAUCGCCAACACGGGAGAUACGACCGUUGCCGGAACCACCGCUCCCGGUACGCGCGGACGGGGCUGGUGAGGACAUGCAUCAGCCGCCAGCACCCAGAACACUGCGCAGACAGGCCAGCAUCACACAACGCAUCGUCCAGUAUAUCCGGCCACCGAAGACGGGAGCGCGGCCCAUUCAGACUCUGGUUGAGUGA